GGCAAUUGGCGGUUGACUGGGCUCGAGACCUCGCCAACGCGGCGGCGGAGGCUGGCCAGCUGGCGGCGGCGGCGGACCAGUUCAGGGGCGCGCGGUCGCUCCUCCUGCUGGUCUUCAGCAUAGGCACGCUGGUGGGCUGUUCGGCUGCUCGGUGCGCACGCUGGCGGGCAGCGCUGCCUGGCACGGCGCUGGUGCCGCGGGACGGAGCCUGCGCUCUGGUGCAGUGGCGGCCGCGGGGGGACUACCAGGUACGUCUUCUGCUGCAUUUUUCCGACGCCGCCGAGUACGGGCGCGACCUCGAGACGCCUCCGACGAGUCCGACUUGUCCAGUGUGGAUGGCAGUCUCCCCCGACGAGGACUGCGAUUUCGAGUCCCGUGGCGCUGCGGCGCUGGGGGAGGAGGGGGCGACAGCGCUGUCACCGAGGCCCGAGGGCCUGACGGCGCGGGGUGGGACAGCGACUCCGCCUGAGGGCCGCGAGCACGGUUCGGGAAGGGUGCCCCCAGUGGGCAACCAGCGCUGGCUCAUCACGGCUAGCAAUGACGACAGCGAUGAGUGCGUGCUCGCCGACCUCGGGCGUUGCGAGUGGUACGCUAUGAGCGGAGGACUGGCCCUCGUUAAGGCGAGGGGGAAGUGCUACUCAGUGAUGGCGGUGACGGAGAAGGAGGCUGGGAGCUCGAUGCACGGCCGCGCGAUGCCGAUCGCGCACGGGCUCGACGGCGCGAAGGGCGGGGUGUCCACGGAUGCGGCGUGCGGCAUGGCAAGGACAGCAUGGUCGGGAUGGCCAGGCAGGGGGCCGCGCACCGAGCGGUGGUGCGUCCGCUUCUUCUCGGAGCAGGACUCGCCUUGGCGGACCCGCUACAUCCAGUGGGGCGCGGAGUGCGGGCUCGGGCCGGGCGACGGCAACGUGCUGAGCUACGGGCUGGCGGGGGGGGUGCUGGAGCUCGGCGCGGGCGUCGACCAGCUCCGCCUGGCCCCGCGGCCGCUGGUGGAGGUGGUGCGCCGCGCCCAGCUCGCGGAGCGGCGCUACCAAGAGUGGCCGCUGAAGAGCAGCGGCGACGAGUACCUGGCGAGUAAGUACCUGUGCAUGGGGGAUUUGGAUACGAGGAGCGCGCUGAUGGCGCGCCCGACGUUCGUGGAGCACAUAUUGGCGGCACUCCCCGCGGGGGGGGCGCCCAUGAAGGAGAAGCGGGAGCUUCGCAAGGAGGGGGCGCCGUCGCGCGGCCAGAGCUCUGUCAGCGACGGCAACAAGGCGCUGCAGAACGAAAUGGCAGCGCAUGCGGCGGAGACCAGCAAGCUUCAGGCAGAGCUGGAAGGAGCGGCAGCUCGCGCCGAGCUGUGCUCACACCUGCCGGGUUAUGCAGAAGACACCGUGCGCCGAGCCUCUUCCUCCGAAGGGCUGGUCUCCCUGCCGACCAUGGGCGGCCAGCGCUUUGGCGCUGACUGCUUGACUGGUCGUGCUCUCGAGCUGUGGGUAGGAUGGCAGAAGCAUCUUCUACGCGAGGGGGGGCCACCUGACGGACCUCGCCUUCGCCCUUUCUCCGAUCCGAAAUUCGUGCAUUGCAAGAAGACGUACGUUCGCUUGGUGGCGGAGCUGCACUCCAGGGGCCUGAUCGACCUCGGCGAGCGGACCGAGGCAACGGUGGGCAUCUUCUUCGUUUUCAAGAGCGACAAGCGGUCCCUCCGCAUGAUGGCGGACACGCGGGUGGCGAAUAUGCGGUUUCGUCCUCCUGCGCAUUCUGAGCUCCCGACGGCGGGGGCUUGGAGCAGCUUGGCCGUGCCGGAGGGGAAGUCCCUCCACCUGGCCCAGAUGGACGUGGACAACGCGUUCUACAGGGUCGCCACGCCGCCCGGGCUUCGCGACUAUUUCGUGCUUCCCGCGGUCGACCUCGACGUGCUGCGGGCCGAGCGGCCCGACCUGUCCGCCCGGCUGCCGGCUUGGCGGGAGGCGUCGCCGCGGCUGGUCGCCUUGGCCAUGGGCUGGAACUGGAGUCUCUUCUUCUGCCAGCAGAUGGCGGAGACGCAGGUCCUCCGCAGCGGGUUGGCGCGGGGGCGGCUGGCCCGCGAUCGGCGCCCUGCCCCUUCGCUCGAGGAGGGGCCCGCCGCGGCAGUCUACGUCGACGGGGCCGCCGUCGUCGGUCUCGACUACGCGGACGGAGACCAUGACGACGGCGCAGCGGACGCGAGAGUCGCUGGAGGCGGUCGGCCUGAGAUGCAAGGGGCUGGAGGGCCCGUGCGCGGAGGCCACCUUCACGGGCCUGGUGUUCGACGAGGCGAGGGCCGCGUCGGGCUCAGUCGACGGCGGAUGUGGCGCAUCCGCCUGAGCUUGCUGCACGUUGCCGACCGCGGGUCGGCCACUGGCGACGAGAUGUGGGUGCUCCUCGGCCACUUCACUUGGGGUGCGCUGGUGCGCCGCGAGCUGCUGUCGAUCUUCGCGGCGACCUACCGUUUCGCGCCCUGGGCCGGUGGGCGCCGGCGCCGCUCGCGGAGCGCCGCGGAGGCCGGGCUCCGCAUCGCCGCCGCGCUCGUCGCGUUCAGCUACGUGGACUGCCGCCGCGGGUCCGACCCCGUGGCGCUGGCGACCGACGCUUGCGGGGCGACGGGCGCCGACGCGGGAGGGUUUGGCGUGGUGAGCCGCGCCUGGGGCCCGCAUGACGUCGGCCGGGCGUGCUCGCAGGCAGAGCGGUGGCGUUGCCGCGUGUCAGAGGCGGCUGCGGCUCGGGCGCGCGCCCUCGGGCUUUCGGAGCGCCUGCGCGCCGCCGAUCGCCUUCCGCCGCGCGUGGGGGCCGACAGAAAUCCGAGUGUGUGCAGCCGCGAGUCUUGCGGUGCGGCCAAGUCUACACCUCUGGCGAGGACCCGGCCUCCCGUCUCGGAGUUCGAGCGGACGUUCGGGGGCAUGUACUCGGGGACCGCCUCAUUCGAGCAGAUCACCUCGGAACACGUCGGCCCUCUCGAGUCGUGGCAGCUCCGGGUCAAGGGCAGGUUCAGCAGAGCCGAGAACAUAAUCCGUCUUGAAGGGCACGGGGUCGUCAUCGGCAUUCGGCAUCAUCUUCGGGUGGCCUCUCGUCGCGGGCGCAAGCUGCCCGUGCUGUGCGACAACCUGGGCCUCGCGCUGGCCCUUGGGAAGGGCCGGGCGGCCGCUCCCCGCGUGAACAAGACAUGCCGCGAGGCUGCCGCGCUAAGCAUAUUCGGGGACAUGUCGGUCCCCGUUCGGUGGAUCCCUUCGGAGCUCAACCCGGCAGAUCGACCCUCUCGCAUGGCUGGCGCCGUGGCUCGAGAUCCGCGGGCGCAACCUCGCAGCGCUUGCUUCGUCCCCGCAGUGGCACCGCAGGGCGAUGCGCAGACUGCGCUGGCCGCGGCGGUGGACGAGGCGCUCCUGUGUGGCGAGCUCGUCGGGCUGGGGCGGCCGCUGGCGGGCGUGGCGGGCCUGGGGGGCACCCUCCUGGACGACCCGCUGCCCGGCGGCGCGGCGCGCCUGCGCGCUGAAGCGGCAGCCGGGGGUGACGCGCUGAACGGGGAGCCCAGCGCCCGUGAGCUUGCAGCCUGGCAAGGCUGCCCAGCUCAAGAGGACGAGAGUAGUUCAAGUUCAGACGAGGUCUCUGACGGCAGCGAGGCCAACGACUCCUACGACCCCGAGAGCGACGCGAUGGCGCCAGACGUGGGCGCCCUUGCCGGCGCGGGGCGGGCAGCUGACGGCGCCGCAGGCAGGGGUGGCCAGGGGCGUGAGCUCGAGGUCGAUGCUCGACGAGACGCUCGUGGAGUACCUGGACUGCACUCCGACGGCUACAACCACGAGCGGGACGACAGCCUGCCGGCAGGCUUGGCGUUCGAGGAGCUGAAGUUCAGGCGCGGCGGCGCGAGGGAUCCUGCUCGGGCCCUCGCUGCCCUCCUGGGCUUCCGCCGCCUGGCGCCUGGGCAGGCCGGGGCAGGCUGGCUGCGCUGCUGGGAGCUUGUCGUCGCGAUGGGGGUAGCCCUCGGGAUCAGCCUGGUGCUUGCGGGGGACGGAGGGCGGCGGCUGCCAUGCGACAGCAUGAGCCGGCAGGGCCGGUCGUUCGUCCGGCCCCCGCCAGGCUUCGGAGUUCAGAACUGGGCCCUGCUGAUGCGCACCGCCAAGGCCGACGGCCGGAGCAAGGCUGGACGCAAGGACGUGGGGCUGCUGCUCGACGGGGUCUUCACAAAGGGCACCGAUUUCCAGCUCGGGCUGCCGAAAAGAGCGGCAGGGUACGCCGCCAGCCUGCGGGCGUUCACGGCGGCGAAGUUCAGGGAGGGGUUCAGUCGAGCGGCCGCCGUGAUCGGUCGGCCAGCCCGACAACUGUACCAGGUGAGGCAGGGGGCGAUCGACGACGACGCGCUGUACCAGAAGCGGUCGUUGGGCGACAGCCGCGCGGCGCUGCUGCC